AUGGCCUCUUCCCAAACAACGUGGACAAGUGUGUCCUUUGAAAGGAGUUCCCAUUUUACCCAUCUCAGCUCAUUUUCAAAUACACUGAAAAGAUGCCGGAAUGAGAAAACGGAAUCCUCGGUGUUCAGCCAGCGGACAGAAGAGGCAUCUGCCGUGCAGUACUUCCAGUUCUAUGGCUGCAUUUCCCAGCAGCAGAACAUGAUGCAGGAUUUUGUGAGGACAGCCACUUACCACAGAGCCAUCCUCCAGAACCACACUGACUUUAGAGACAAGGUUGUUCUAGAUGUUGGUUGCGGAUCAGGAAUACUAUCAUUUUUUGCUGUACAGGCUGGAGCUAGGAGAGUGUACGCUGUCGAAGCCAGUUCAGUAGCACAGUAUGCUGAAUUGCUGGUGAAAAAUAACCACCUUUCCGACAAGAUCAUUGUUGUACCAGGGAAAAUUGAAGACAUCUCUCUUCCUGAGGCUGUGGAUGUGAUCAUUUCCGAACCGAUGGGAUACAUGCUGUUUAAUGAAAGGAUGCUGGAGAGUUACCUUCAUUCCAAAAAAUGGCUGAAAGCAAACGGAAUGAUGUUCCCGACAUUCGGCGACAUCCACUUGGCCCCCUUUUCUGAUGAACAGCUCUACAUGGAACACUACUCCAGAGCCAACUUUUGGUACCAGCAGUGCUUUUACGGGGUCAACCUGUCCAGUCUCCGGGGCGCUGCCGUGGACGAGUAUUUCAGACAGCCAAUAGUCGACACAUUCGACGUGAGGAUUUUGAUGGCUCGGACGGUCAAAUACACAGUCAACUUUAUGGACUCAGAAGAGGCAGAUCUCCACAGAGUAGAAAUCCCCUUUGUGUUUCAGCUGACGCAGUCUGGCCUCGUCCACGGCCUGGCGUUCUGGUUUGACGUGGCCUUUGUCGGAUCUCUGGUAACUGUUUGGCUGUCAACAGCCCCAACUGAGCCUCUGACUCAUUGGUAUCAGGUGCGGUGCCUUCUUCACACUCCUCUCUUUGCCAAAGAAGGAGAGACCCUCUCAGGGAAAGUGCUGUUCGUAGCCAACAGACGACAGAGCUAUGACAUUCAGAUCGUGGCGCUGGUAAACCAGACAGGCUUCAGAUCUGGGAACAUCCUCGAUUUAAAGAAUCCUUUCUUUAGGUUUGCUUAGAAGAUAGCCACAAGCCAAUCAAUAAGUAAAACGAAGUCCUGAGAAGUCCCUCAACAUCCAAGUUCAUAUUUCAUGUUGCAAAUACGCACUCUAAAUUUUACAAGGAUGAUUAGGUUGAUUUAAAUUCAUACUUUGUUUCUCACU